AUGUUGCAUGUGUUUGUUUCAUCCAGUUCCGGAAACCCCCUUGUCAAAAACAAGCAACAGUAUGUCCUCAAUUUGCUCUCCGCGCUGAAAAUUCCCUACAAAACUCGCGAUAUUUCUCAGUGUGAGGAAGACAAGCAGUUUAUGAUGAAAGUUCUCCGUGAAUUGGGGAAACCGGUGAUAGCUCCACAAUUGUUCCUCGACAAUGAGUAUAUCGGAGGAUACGAUGAACUGGUUGAAGCUAACGAAAACGAACAACUUUCCGACUUUCUCCGUAUCCCAGUCAAUCGUACACCGCAUAACGUUCACAAACCAGCGUGCAGACAAUCAGACAGUCGAAUCCGAUGUUACCUUUGGGGGGGGGGGUGGACCAAGUGGUUAAAGCGCGAAUUUACUGACCGGAAGGUCCGUGGUUCGAACCCGACCUCUGCCACUCGACUUCCCCUGUUUGGGCUUGGGCAACCUGGCAGUAGCCCAGCCCUCCUGCCUUCUUCGUGUGGCAUGGCAGUUAGGCAUAUUCUUAUUCUCGGGUUGGCCGGUGAGAGGUUAAGCCCACACAUCCAUAUGAGGAGCCACAAUUACUCUGGUUUGGCCUAUUUUUAUCAACGGCGAUGA